AUGCCCACACGGGCACCCCGCCAGGCUGAGAUGACAGUGGCCCGCAUCUGUGGCUGCCACCUCUCCCUAAUGCCCCGCAGCUGCAGCCCAACAGCUGACGUCUGGCCCGGACUCAGCUGCCCAGACCAGGCUUAUGCUGGAAAGUUGGCCAUGACCUCGGAGGCCUCUUCCGGAAGCCGCCGCACCAGGAGCGGGAGGCUACGGAAGCAGGCCCCGGAGGGGGACAGCACCCUCCUGAUCCACGUGGCCCCCGGGGCCGAGGAGGGCCACACGUACGGGAGCACAGCCCCCACCUCAGAGCCGAGCGGAUGCCGGGAAGCCUCCGGCAGGGUGGGGAGCCCUUCCAAGCCCCAAAUAGCAGACUUCGUCCUCGUGUGGGAGGAAGACCUGAGGCCGGGUCGGCAGCAGGGCGGCGCCGGCCGGGUGGAGGCAGACACGCGCGGCGUCUGGAGGGACACCUUUCUGGAUAACCUCCGUGCAGCCGGGCUACAGGUGGACCAGCGCGUGGUCCAGGAUGAGAGCGGAGCCGUGCACUACAUCCUCCUCAGGGCCCCCUGGGCCGUGCUCUGCUACUACGCCGAGGACCUCCGUCUAAAGCUGCCCCUGCAGGAGUUGCCCAGCCAGGCCUCCAACUGGUCGGCAGGCCUGCUGGCGUGGCUGGGCCUCCCCAACAUCCUGCUGGAGGACGUGCCUGACGCGCCCCCUGAGUAUUACUCCUGCCCGUUCAAAGUGAGCAAGCUGCCAAGGUUCCUUGGGAGUGACAACCAGGAGACCUUCUUCGCGAGCACCGAGCGGCACCAGAUCCUGUUUGCGAUCCUGGCCAAGACCCCGUACGGCCACGAGAAGAAAGGCCUGUUCGGGAUCGACCAGCUGUUGGCGGAGGGUGUCUUCAGCGCGGCCUUCCCCCUGCACGAUGGCCCGUUCAGGACUCCCCCAGAGGCCCCCCAGGCCCCGGGCCUCACCCAGAGGCAGAUCCUGUUCCGGCACUGGGCCUGCUGGCGCAAGUGGAACAAGUACCAGCCUCUGGACCACGUACGCAGAUACUUUGGGGAGAAGGUGGCAUUCUACUUCGCCUGGCUUGGGUUCUACACAGGCUGGCUGCUACCGGCGGCAGCGGUGGGCACUCUGGUGUUCCUGGGAGGCUGCUUCAUGGUGUUCUCAGACGUCCCCACGCAGGAGCUGUGCAGCAGCACUGAUCACUUUGAGAUGUGCCCGCUCUGCCUGGACUGUUCCUUCUGGCUGCUGUCCAGCGCUUGCACCCUGGUCCAGGCCGGCCGCCUCUUCGACCACGGCGGCACCGUGUUCUUCAGCGCGUUCAUGGCGCUGUGGGCCGUGCUGCUGCUGGAGUACUGGAAGCGCCAGAGCGCCACGCUGGCCUACCGCUGGGGCUGCUCCGACUACGAGGACAUCGAGGAGAGGCCACGGCCCCAGUUCGCCGCCUCGGCCCCCUCGACAGCCCUGAACCCCAUCACCGGUGAGGACGAGCCCUACUUCCCGGAGAGGAGCCGCGUGCGCCGCAUGCUGGCAGGCUCCAUGGUGGUCCUGAUGAUGGUGGCCGUGGUGCUCAUGUGCCUUGUGUCCAUCAUCCUGUACCGGGCCAUCAUGGCCAUCGUCGUGUCCAGGUCCAACAACACCCUCCUCGCAGCCUGGGCCUCCCGCAUCGCCAGCUUCACAGGGUCGGUGGUGAACCUGAUCUUCAUCCUCAUCCUCUCCAAGAUCUAUGUGGCCCUGGCCCACGUCCUGACCCGAUGGGAGAUGCACCGCACGCAGACCAAGUUCGAGGACGCCUUCACCCUAAAGGUGUUCAUCUUCCAGUUUGUCAACUUCUACUCCUCUCCCAUCUACAUCGCCUUCUUCAAGGGCAGGUUUGUGGGAUACCCAGGCAACUAUCACACCUUAUUUGGGGUUCGCAACGAGGAGUGUGCGGCCGGAGGCUGCCUCAUCGAGCUGGCCCAGGAGCUCCUGGUCAUCAUGGUGGGCAAGCAGAUCAUCAACAACGUGCAGGAGAUCCUCGUCCCGAGGCUGCAGGGCUGGUGGCAGAGGUCCCGGCUGCGUGCCAAGAGGAGGAAGGCGGGGGCUCCCGAGGCGGCUGGCCAAGCGCCCUGGGAGGCGGACUAUGAGCUUCUGCCCUGCGAGGGGCUGUUUGAGGAGUACCUCGAAAUGGUGCUGCAGUUCGGCUUCGUCACCAUCUUCGUGGCCGCGUGCCCGCUCGCGCCGCUCUUCGCGCUGCUCAACAACUGGGUGGAGGUCCGCCUGGACGCGCGCAAGCUCGUGUGCGAGCACCGGCGCCCGGUGGCCGAGCGCGCGCAGGACAUCGGCAUCUGGUCGCACGUCCUGGCCGGCAUCGCGCACCUGGCGGUCGUCAGCAACGCCUUCCUGCUGGCCUUCGCGUCCGACUUCCUGCCGCGCGCCUACUACCGCUGGACGCGCGCCCCCGACCUGCGCGGCUUCGUCAACUUCACGCUGGCGCGCGCGCCGCCCGCCUUCGCGGCCGCGCACAACCGCACGUGCAGGUAUCAGGCUUUCAGGGAAGACGAUGGGGAGUAUUCUCCGACAUACUGGAACCUUCUGGCCAUCCGCCUGGCCUUCGUCAUCGUGUUUGAGCACGUGGUGUUCUCCAUCGGCCGCAUCCUCGACCUCUUGGUACCCGACAUUCCUGAGUCCGUGGAGGUCAAGGUGAAGCGAGAGUACUACCUCGCCAAGCAGGCGCUGGCUGAGAAUGAGGCUCUCUCUGGGACAAACGGAGCAAAGGACGGCUACUCCCUGGGCUCAGAGAGGAGUUUGGACCCACAGCCUACACUGCCAGGAGUCAGCCAGGCCUCACCGGUCCCUUCCUCUAAGUCACGGGGGUCACCGCAGGCCAGCAGUCCCACCUGGAGAUUCCAAAAUUAAGGCCAAGGGACGGAUCAUAGCUAUGGAAACACAUAAUAUGGAAGACAUUCAACAGAGGAGAUGGACACGCACACCCCACCCUGCCCAGGGCCGCCCCGCACACUGGGCCCGGGCAGGCUCGCCAAACAGUCUUUACCAACAACAAGCAGAAACCGAGCACGCGAGAUCCCAAACACAGUUCCGGAAGAGGGGGAGUCGCAUCUGUGACAUUUAGCAAUAAAUGUAGAUGUGCAAAAA